AUGGGAAAACGCAAGAAAUCCUCUAGAAAACCAGCUGCGGCCACAGCGGCAAGGAGGAGGGAACCAUUAGAUACCGCCUUCACUUGCUUGUUUUGUCAUCAUGACAAGUCUGUGACAGUCAGAGUCGACAGAAAAGAGGGCAUCGCCCAGCUGGUGUGCAGAGUAUGCGACCAGCGGUAUCAGAGCAAAGUUAACCACUUGACCGAGCCCGUGGAUAUCUAUUCAGAAUGGCUAGAUGCUGCUGAUGCUGCACAGAAAGAAGAUCACGGCACUCACAGACCAGCUGCUUCAUCAAGCAGACCAGCUCCCGCACCACCUUCUGUCGGGAGUGAUGACGAUUGA